AUGUUGAACAGAAGAAGAAAAUACAUUUCUGAAAGUAUGCUGAAUAGCGAAACUCUGGUGGCUUAUUCUUUUGCUGCUUCAGGCUUCACCAAUUUAGAAAAUGACCAUUUUAUUGUGUCACUGUCUCACUCUCAAGGUUUCGCCUGGAAUCAAGAUCUAUUUGCUUCUCAAUAUCAACAAAUGUGUAAAGUAGUCUACGAUGGGCAUAAUGAUAACAUGGAUAAAUUGUUGGAUUAUAUUAAAUUGAAAACUGAAGAAGUAAAAAACUCCUCUACUCCAAUUGAAAAUACCAAUCGUGAAAAUGAUCUGAAAAACUUCUAUCAUGAAAAUGAUAAUACAUCAAGUGAUGUUAUCGAUUGUGCAAUUGAAGAUGAUUCAAAGUCAUUGGAAAGUAAUGAAGUAGAUACCAGACACCGUAGAAGAUCAAAUUCUUUCUUGAUUUCAAAGAUAAGGGCAGAAGUAACAAGGCCCAGAAGGAAAUCAGGAAGAAGUGUGAGUUUCGUUUCAGAUUCAAAAAAUGGGAAUUAUUCUAGAAAUAAAAUAACUGAAAUAGAUAUCAAUGGUGAAUCAAAGGAAAAUUUGAAAUAUAAAUGGUUAGCUUCUAAAAAGUAA